GCGAAGCUUUCUAUGCUAUUGGAGUGUUUCGAAACUAAGAAGAGAUCAACAGGACGUAGAUAACCUAUGUGAUUACGAGUGAGAGGUCGGGAACUUUCACCAAGGUAUCUCAAACACGCCUUCGGCAAGACCGUCAAAAAAUCGCCAUCAUGCCAGCCAAAAUAGGCGAUAUCCAGCUCAUCCAUUCACAUGGACAAGAAAACUCCAAGAUUGAGUCGGCUUAGUCACAACGUCGAGCUCAUCCGCAUGCAUCCAAGGGGGCACACGCAAGGGCAAGGCGACAGAGGAUCCUCCAGUAUCAAGCAAUCAGCAGCUGCUGGUUCUACCCCGUUUGGUCCCCUGUCAUCUGGCCGGAGAGACGCCUUCGCUAGUUUUGCGAGGCGUCUUAGUCCAGUUGAAGACUUCCUCUUAGACUAUUACGUGCACAACGUCGUGCCAUUUUCAAAUUAUGAGCCAAUCCGGAGUGGUUUCCUGGACGACUGCACAAUUAGUCUCAACCAUCAAUCCGUUCAGCUGGCCUCAACCAGCAGCAGCGCUCUCAAUGGUCUCUUCCUCGUAACUAGCCGACAUUCGUCGCAUUACUUGCCUCAAUAAGAAGCACACUAUACACAGCUCGCCUUACAGUACAAAGCCGCCUGUGCACGGCUGUUCAUGGAUGCCAUUUCAUGCCUGAAGAUGCGGUCACCGAUUAGUGAUUCGAUUAUCACAAUAGCUAUUUUCCUGGC